GUUGGUUACACUGAACCAAGUCCUAUCCAACGACAAGCAAUUCCAAUCGGACUUCAGAAUCGUGACAUUAUUGGCGUGGCGGAAACUGGUUCUGGCAAAACUGCUGCUUUUCUAAUUCCCCUACUUACCUGGAUUCAACAAUUACCUAAAUUGGAACGUAUGGAGGUAAUUGGGUUAGCAUAA